AUCAGCACUCAAAUUCGCCUUACCUUUACUGUAUUUAGUUGCAACGACUAAAAAAUCUUAUUUCAUUUUUCCAUCUCAAUUUUAUGUUAUAUACUACUAUUUUAAAAUUCAUUUUUCAACCCUGUAUGUAUAAAAUUGUUUGUUUACGUUUUAGUUUUUGACCUUUACAAACAAAAACUGAGCGUGACCCAAAAAACAUGGCGGUGCUCUUCCAAAACAUUUUCCGACGUUUUCCACGUGUGUGUUACAAUCAAUUUUCUACCGCAUCAGUUUACUGUAAUGAGAGGCCAUCAACAGAAUCAUUGAUCAAAUGGGAUCGUCUGCCUGUACCAAAGAAUACAAAGAAAGAUAGGUGGGAUGAGAAACAUUCACUUUUUGGUGAAAAUGAUUGUAAAGAUGUUCUAGGAGAUGGAUCAUACCAAUUAAAGAGAAACAUCAAGGUUGGACCAUUUUGGCUGCGUGGUUGGCGUGGCAAUGAGAUGCAGAGAUUGAUCAGGAAAAGGAAGGCAAUUGGACCUACUUUGGGACCUAAAGCCCAUGAAGAUAUCCGCAAGAGGAUAAAGUAUUUGUACAAACGAUUCAAUAAAUAUGCAAGGAAAGGCCAGAUGUGGGAUUGAUUUUGAUGUUGUGAACAGAGAAAGGUUCUGAUGCUAUUGAUCUUCUGGACAAGAGUCCCAAGUCUCACGAGUCGCAGGAGACUCCCGGAAAUCAGGACGACCUCCGACUUUCCAGAAAACAAGCAAGAUUCUCCCAGAAAAUAACUCAUCUCUUACAAAUUCACAAUAUCUGCAUGUCUCUUGGACAUCAUUGCCAUUGGUUAUGACCAUGCACAGCAAAAUAGAAUUAUUAAGAUGUGUUUAAAGAAAACUCAUUUGAACAGAUGUCACAGAAGUGGCUUGUUCAAACUUGUGACCCCUGCCUAGAUUUACUAUCGCCAGUGCCAUAACCAAGGAUCUAUUCCGCCACCAUCUUUUUAACGGCAAUAUCAAGAAUAUGAUUUCUAAAUUAAAAAACAAUUAAAAAAAAAUCAAUAAAAAAAAAAAAGUAAUCUGGAAUCUGGUGGUGCUGUUAUUACAAGUAUUAUGUCAAUUGUCAUUCAUAAUCAUAUUGAACAACACCACUUUGGGAAUAUCAUCAUCGAGAAUGAAUAUCAUCAAGAAUAUGCCACAGUCAUUUUGAUCAGAAAUCUCUUUUAUUAUCAGUCACAGAUCUCCCAAGUUCCUAGAUUUUGAAGGAGUAUCCCAAAAAAUAUAAUGUUCAUUGUGAAAAGUAUGAAAUACUGUACCUUCCAAGAGUUUAUAUUCCAAAACUAAACAACAUUUUCUUCUUUCAAAUAUUAGAUUACAGUACUUACAUACAGUAGAACCCCUAUUAAGAGGAUACCUUUGGGACCAAGAAAGGUGUCCCCUUAAUAGGGGUGUCCCCUAUAGUGGUACCCCUAUUCAGGGGACAUAAACCAAAAACAUGAAAUUGUCCCCUUAUUAAUUCAUGUCACUUUGUCAUGAAUUGAAAUAACCUGCUUUAAAUAGGCAUCAUAUCUUUGAUACUGUAAUACUACCAAGUGGCCCAGUACUGCUAGUUGCCUAGUAACAGUGAAUCUGUGAGAAACGUGUUUUGUUUCAUUGUCUUUUACCACACACACAUAAAAUAUAAAUUAAUCAACGAUAAAUAUUACAAUUGAAAUUACAUUUUAUAAAACAUAAAUUUCAGACCUCGAAUCAAUCCAAAGGAAGGCAUUGGGUAUCGUGUCACCUGGCACUCCGUAUGAAACAGCCCUUAACGUGCAUACUAUUCCAACACUCGCUGAUUGUGGCCUCUCACUUUGUAAGAACUACCUUAGAAAAUUAAAUUCGCCUUCCCAUAGAUUGCAUUCCCUUCCACCGUACCCCUUAAAAACUACAAUGUUAGAAACAAUCGUGAAUUUGUUCUUCCUAAAGUAAUCACAGAACGUUUUAUUACUAUACAGGGAGUUUUUCAAAGAUGGUAGGCCUAAAAAGUAUUGUAUUGUUAACCU